UGUGACUGCUUUGUAUGCUGGGUUUUAUACGGUAUCAUAUAAUAAAUAAAUGUGUAUGUUAUUUGCCAUAAAUGCCUGAAUAGUAAUGUGUAUUAUAAAUACAAUUAAUCCUGGCAGUUUACAUUAAAAAUCAUAUCCCAAUGAAUGUCAUCAUAGCAGAUUUGACUUUUGUUUUAUUUUCUUGACUCCAGUGUCGAUGAUAAUGACAAGACAGAGAAAUCAAUGCAAGCACAGGUUGACAAGUUCACUGUCAGCCAGUGUGUCUUAGGAUUGCCCGUGCUAUAUCCAAUUGAAAUCUUCAUCAAAACUCAGGAAACUAAACUGAGGGCAUCACUCGGCAGACACAUCAUACAAAAAAAGAAGGAAAUAUACUCAUCAAUCAAAACAACAAUUCUGCAGAAAAUGGCUCCUGGCUACAAGAGAGCUGCAGAAGUGAGAGGAGAUGGAUGUAUGGAAAGGAUGGAUGCCAUAAUAACAGAAACGAUUGAGGAUUUAAAAAAUCACAUGUUCAGUGAGGCAAAAUUGGAAGCACUUAAGAUGUUUAAUGACUUGAAGCUGUAUAUAAUAAAAACCCUUGAAUCAGAGCUAAUGAAUUCAGUGGAGCGCUUCCUUUCCCAAACCAGCAAAAUCUCCCUGAUGGAUGUCUCCAGAGAGAUUGAAGAGCUGGAAAGAUUAUCACAGCAACUUUCUGACUGAGGUCAAGCAGAAAUGCUCAGCUAUUUAUGGCCAUAUAGAUGGUUUCAUCAGCAACAACAUAAACAAAUGGCUUUCUUAACUUCUGGUAGUCUCUAGAUUAUUUCUAACAAGCAAAAUAAAUAACCAGUUAAUCACAUUAGUUCAAAUCAUAGCUAUCAUAGUGUAUCACCUACACUGAGCGUUAUUGUGUAAAAUUAAUGUUUCGUUGAAAAAACACAAAAAUCUGAAUUUUGUCUUAAUUGUUAUAUUUAAUAUUGCGGGUUUUUGCAAAGGGUCAGUUGUCUGAUGAAGGUCAUGUGUGCUCGAAGUGUCACAUGCCAUGCAAAGUCUUUUUAGUAGAUUUUUGAUGUUUGGAGCUUUGGGGUGACGACUUACAUUUAGGCCUCUGAAGGUUACAUUUGUUUAGGGGUUUUAAAGUAAUUUUGAUAUGUUUUAACAACAGAUUUUUGGUAGAAAGCAAUUUUAGGGUAUUAAGUGACAAGUGGCUAUGGGCAUGGUGCAUUUUAAAAUGAUUAAGGCAAAUAAGCAAAAGGCACUGUCCUUUUUGUGGGAUAUAAACCUUUGAAUUUGCAUACAUGCAGCUUAGCUUCUUUUUGUGCUCUAGUUGUAGCAAUGUACCAACAAAAUUAAACGAGU